AUGUAUGAUGUCAUCUAUCCAUACAUCUCAUGGGGAGGAAAUUGUGUAGUAAUUGAAAGUGAUGAAUUCUACAGAGCUGAUGAGGUGGAGGAUGAUAGAAUCAAGGUUGUCAUGAGGAUGAUAGAAGCUAAGCAUGACUUCAAUGACCAUAUUUGGGAGUUCGAAGAGACACCAGAAUUUUCUUUUGGGGUUAAUGACAAGCAAGAAGAGGCUGAUGGAGUAUCUGAGGAUAAUGGAGUAUCAAGGAAUGAUGAAGGAUCGAAGACUGAUGAAGAUGCUCCCAAGAAUGAUAAAGAAGAUGGGAGUGAUGAAGAGUUUCAAACUCCAAGAGGAACAGCGAACACAAGCUCUGGAGGUAGAAAGGGAAAGAGGAGGCUCCCGGAUCGUGGAAUGGAAAAACGGAAGCAAAAGGUUCUCUCCACUAGACCAAAAGGUCCUGCUCCGUUUAGUGAGGAUAUGAAGAGCUUUGUGGCAAAUUUGUUUCAGCAGAACUUUUCGGCAAUGGAAGAGAGGCUACAGAAACAUAUGGGUGAAAGGUUUGAGAAAAUGCAUUCUGAGCUUAAAUAUUCCUUUACCGAUGCAGCCGUGGAAGUUGAGCCAUCUUCUAGCAAGCCAUCUGCUACCAAGCCAUCUUCCACCAACCAAACUCCAAGCGAGCCAACUUCUACCAAACCCUCAACGAGCAAGCCAUCUCCUACCAAGCCACCUUCCACCAACCUAACUCCCACCAAGCCCACGUCUAUCAAACCCUCAUCGAGCAAGCCAUCUCUUACCAAGUCAUCUUCCACCAACCUAACUCCUAGCAAGCCCACGUCUACCAAACCCUCAUCAAGCAAGACAACGUCUACCAAGCCAUCACCGAGGAGGUUCACUCGCUCGAUUUCGAACGUGGCAGGUUUUGAUCCAUCGCAGACUAAUAAGGACAUGGAACCAUGUGGUUGGUGGACUCCGAUGAGUACAGUCCGGAAAAUAAAGGUCGAACCAGUAGAAAAUAAAGCUCCACCGCCAACCAAGUGGACUAUAUGGAAAAGGAAACUUGAGCUUAGUGACUCACCCAUGCCGUCUGAUGGUUCUCCACAGUCCUCACUGUAUUGGUUCCACGAAGAAUCAUGGGAUAGAUUCACUGAAUGGUCUAUGAACCCGACAACUUUAAAGAUUGGUCCUACAGCCUUUAAUAUGACUGUAGCUACGAGAGUAAUAGGUCCUGAAAAAUGGCUUGGAAACGAGUGUCAUAAUUCAAUGAAAGCUUCAGAGAUCCUGCUGAAACAACAUGAGAGAAGAAUUGGAGAUAUGGAAGAUGCAAUUGCACGUUUUGAAGCCAAGAACAUCGAAUGCAGUAGAGAAUUAAGGAUCAUAGAAGCUUUUUUU